AAAACCUGGAAGCACUGGUCGACCAUUUCGUCCUAAUAUGGAGCUCCUCAGCAGAGCUCAUCCGCGACCCUGCACGUGUGAUUCGAACCCAAGACCUCCGAUUCCGCUCACAAACGCCUAACUUCUAGACCACUGAGUCAGCAUCCAAUCACUGUUCAGUGCUUCCAGGUUUUCAAUGGUAGCCUAACAUCGAUCGAUUCAUGAUCUAAAUCCUUUUAGUUAACGAACAAUAAUUUUUAAUAUGAUAUUAAAUUAUAUUACUGGAAAUGAUGGAAUGUAGUUUGUUUGAAAUCUCUAGAAUAGUGUUAACUAAUUAUGAUUAUCACCAUUAUCUACCAAUACUUGCGCUUUCAUCAAGAAACAUUACCCACCCUACAGUGUCAUGCAUAAACAUCAACUGUCUGUAACCAGUUUAAAUCUUAUUAUUGAGUAACAUAUUUGUUUAUAUUAGUUUUGAUCUUCAUAAUAUAAUGGAAAUCAAUUAUUUACAUACAAAACGAAUAUAGAAUGCAAAAAAACGAUCGGUUUAUAAAUUCUAUACAGUUAUGAGUGAUAUUAGUUAAAAGAAUAAUCCGGUAAUUAGUUAUUCAUUCAUUUAUACUUUUUCAAGGCCACACGUGAGCGGUUAUUCAAAAUAAAAAUGUUUCAAAUAAAUUUUAUAAUAAUCAUUGAAGUUAAAAUGACUGAAAAAAAAAAAUAUAUAUAUAAUAUUUUUUCAGAUAUGCUCAUAGCCGAUAGGACACAUCGUUUAUCAUUACAAAUUACAUCGUCUACUGGUAAAAAUGUGGACAAAUCAAUGAAUAAAUUGCAUACUAGUAUUAAUUUAACAUCUUGGCCACCGUCAAACAAUACAUCAUCGUCGUCAUCAAGUUCACGUUCAUCAUCUAGUAAUGGUGACAGUGAUAGUAAUAGCGGUAAUAGUAAUGACAGAGGGAGUGAUAGUAGUAGUAGUGGUAGUAGAAGAAGCAGCAGUCGUUCUAGUACAAAGUCAUUGUCCUCAGACCUUCCAGUAAUACAAUUAUCAUCUACCAUGUCAAAUCAAAAUUUGUCUGAAAAUACAAUAAAAUGUACAUUGGACGAUAGUGAAAACAAUGAUGGAGAUAUGGAAAUGAGAAUCCAAUGUGAUAACACUUCUAUUAAUAAAAAUAAUCAAACAUUAUGUUUUCUGAAUAGACCAAUACAGAAUAUUUUUCCCGCACGUUUAUUUAUCUGUGAUCCAGAAGAAUCUAUUUUUAAAGCUUUACGAUUAUUGUUAAGAUAUCGAUUACAUCAUUUGCCAAUUAUGGAUUCACCUUUUGAUGGAUGUGGUAAUAUAUUGUAUGUACUUACUCAACGUAAACUACUGAUGUAUAUGUUUGAAAAAUUGAAUAAAUUGCCUCAACCAAGAUUUUUACAAGUAAGUUAUCAUUUCUAAUACUAGUUUCUUUUUUUAAUUCUAAGAGUUUAAUUUCAAUAAUGAAGCAUAAUUUCUAGCCAAU